AUGCCGCCGCGCUAUUGGCUGCGCGCAACGCCCAUCUCGCCGCGGGGCAGGCCGCCGCAGCCGCUCCCAUACGGGGUCUCCCUGCGAGCGCGCGCGGGCGCCGAUUGGCCAGCGCGGCCGGCGGCCCCCCCCUCCCCGCCGCCGAUUGGCCCCCGCGCUCCCCUCUCCCCCUCCCCCCCGGGGCGGGGCGGCGGGGGCGGUGUGCCCGCUCCCCCCUUCCCCCCUCCCGCGGCCCGCCCUCGCUUCCCGUUGGCCGGAGCGCCCGCCACUCACCGCCCUCGACGCGCUGCCAUUGGGCGAGGAGGCGGCGGGGGCGGGCAGCGGGGCCGGGGCAGCGUCAACGUGCAGCAGGAUGCCUCUGGGCAGCUCCAGAUCAUCCCCGGCACGAACCAGCAGAUCAUCACGAGCCGAGCAGGGACGGGCAACCUCAUUGCCAUGCCCAACCUGCUGCAGCAGGCCGUCCCCAUCCAGGGGGUGGGCUUGGCCAACAACACCCUCUCAGGGCAAACCCAGUACGUGGCCAACGUCCCUGUGGCUCUCAAUGGCAACAUCACCUUGCUGCCUGUCAACAGCGUGGCCGCCAGCCUGGCCCCCACCUCUCAGACCGUCACCCUGAGCGGCUCCGGCUCCCCGGACAGCAGCUCCCAGCCCACCACCUCAGGUGCUGCCAUCAGCUCGUCCAACAUUGCCACGUCCCACGCCAGUUCCGGCUCUUUUUUUACCAACGCCAACAGCUAUUCCACCACCACUACCACCAGUAACAUGGGCAUCAUGAAUUUUUCCAGCAGUUCCACAGUGGGGACAAACGUCCAAGUGCAGACACCCCAAAGAGCCCCCAGCACGGACUCCCUGCAGAGCCAGGUCUCUGGGGUGGCUCUGCAGCCGGGGCAGCAGAAGGAGGGGGAUCAGAGCCAGCAAUCACAGCAGCAGCAGCAGCAGAUCCUGAUCCAGCCUCAGUUAGUCCAAGGGGGGCAAACGAUCCAAGCCCUGCAGACCACCCCGCUCUCUGGCCAGACCUUUACCACUCAAGCCAUCUCACAGGAUGCCUUGCAGAACCUCCAGCUCCAGGCUGUGCCCAACUCCGGGCCGAUCAUCAUCCGAACACCCACGGUGGGGCCGAACGGGCAGGUGAGCUGGCAGACCAUCCAGCUCCAGAACCUGCAGGUGCAGAACCCCCAGGCGCAGACAAUCACCUUGGCCCCCAUGCAGGGAGUGUCGCUGGGGCAGACGGGCAGCACCAGCACCACGCUCACCCCCAUCGCCUCCCUCCCCAGCGGCACGGUGACGGUCAACGCCGCCCAGCUCUCCUCUAUGCCAGGCCUCCAGACUAUUAACCUCAGUGCCUUGGGAGCGUCUGGAAUCCAAGUGCACCAGCUGCCGGGGCUGCCGCUGGCCAUCGCCAACGCUACCGGGGAGCAUGGUGCCCAGCUGGGGCUGCACGGUGCCAGCGGGGACGGUCUGGGUGACGACAGCGCAGCGGUGGAGGAAGGGGAGACCAGCCCAGACCCACAGCCCCAGCAGGGCCGGAAGGUGCGGAGGGAAGCCUGCACCUGUCCCUACUGCAAGGACAGCGAGGGGAGGAGCUCUGGGGAUCCAGGUAAAAAAAAGCAGCACAUCUGCCACAUCCCAGGCUGCGGGAAGGUGUAUGGCAAGACCUCCCACCUGCGGGCCCACCUGCGGUGGCACACGGGGGAGCGACCCUUCAUCUGCGGGUGGAUGCUGUGCGGGAAGCGCUUCACCCGCUCCGAUGAGCUGCAGAGGCACAAGCGCACGCACACGGGGGAGAAGAAAUUCGCCUGCCCGGAGUGCCCCAAGCGCUUCAUGCGCAGCGACCACCUCUCCAAGCACAUCAAGACCCACCAGAACAAGAAAGGCGGCGCGGCCAACAGCGUGGCCAUGAACGUCUCCGCCGUCCCCAUGGACACGGGGGCACCGUCGGAAGGCAGCGGCGGACCCACGCCGUCGGCCCUCAUCGCCACCAACAUGGUAGCCAUGGAAGCCAUCUGCCCUGACGGCAUCGCCCGCUUGGCCAGCAGCGGCAUCAACGUCAUGCAGGUGGCCGACCUGCAGUCCAUCAACAUCAGCGGGAACGGCUUCUGAAGGCUUGGGGGAUGCAGUGGGGCAGCAAUGGGGCGAGCGGAACCGAAUCCCACCCUCCUCCCCCCCCCAGCAUGGGGCGGCCACAGCGCUGCACCGCCCGGGGCAUCGCAGCCCCCCCCCAGCACCUGCAGGCUGCAGCAUCACACGAAGGCCAGAGCUUGUCUGUAUUUUUUAAUUUCGGCUUCA